AUGUUCUAUAAACUUGCUUUUAUCGUACUUUUUCUUCAUUCAUCGAUAGCUUUGAAAUGCUAUGUUGGAACAUUUGAUGCGAGAAAAGAUAUUGGGAAACAAGGGCCGGAAGAUGUGGUUGAAUGCAAUCAACGAUGCGUCGUUGAGAACGGGUUUUUCGCGGACACCGAAACAUAUUUGUGCGGUAUAUGCUCAAAAUGGGAUAAGAUCAAGAAUUUGGGGAUUUUUAUGGAUUGUUGUGACACAGACUUUUGCCCAUCAAAAGGUCCAAAUUGGAUGAAACGCGGCUAUGAGAUGUUCGAGAAGAAGAAACGCGGCGAUAGAAUCGAUCGAGAAGAAGAAACGCGACGA